CCCAUCGCUCCCCUCGCGCGAUCCCUCAUUUACCGUCGCCCGCUCCCAAUUCCCACGUGUUUUCCUAAGCGCUUCACUGUGCCCCGUCGCAACCCAGGCCUCCCUCGUGUCUCCUGCGUUGCUUAUGAAUAAAACAACCACGCGCUAGAGCAUGGCCUCUCUCCAGUCAGCACCCAAUAUGGCGGCUGGAAACAUGAGCUUGCCGCCGAAUUUGACGCAGCAACACAUUCAAGAAGUCCUGCAGAAAUACAAGCAGAUGCAAGAACAAGGCGUGCGCCAUGACGAUCCCGAAUACCUCAAAGCCCACAACCUGCUUUCAGCAGUCCAACGGCAACAAGUAUUUCAGAAGCAGAGGUUCGCCCAACAGCAGCUUCAGGCGCAACAACGCCAGCAGCAGCUCAAUGGCGUGACUCCAGAUACCGCCGCCGCCGCCGCCGCAAAUGGUGUCAAUGGCCGCGGCAAUCCCGCCACAGCCCCUGUCAAUGUGGUAUCGGAUGGAUCCUCAGCUACGUCCGCUGCUGCUCAGCAGGCUUCAGGCCAGAUUCCCUCCCAAAAGGGUAUGUCUGUUGCCAGCAGUAGCUUUUCUGCCGAGCAAUUGGCGACGCUUCGGAACCAGAUCUUGGCCUUCAAGAUGCUAUCCAAGAACCUCCCGAUCCCAGCUCGAGUUCAACAACAGCUCUUUCCUCCCAAAAAGGCGCAGACUCCGGCCCCUGCAGAUGCCAUCGCGGCUGCUGAGAACGUUUUGGACAGCGCUGCCCAAGGGAAGACUGAUUCAUCUAUGAACGUGGAAGAGGAGGCCCAGGCUAAGGACUUCUACCAAACCUUCCAGUCACCCUAUGAUCUGAUACCCAAAACCAUUGGCUUUACGGAUCAUACCUCUCGUGCUAAUCGCAUGCGCGUUCCUGCUUUGAUGCCCGCUGGCAUUGACAUGGACCAAGUGCGCGAAGAGCGGGAACUUGCACUCUACAACAGGAUCAACGCGCGGAAGGCUGAGCUGGCUGAGCUUCCGGCCAGUCUCGGUGUCUGGGACUCUAGCCAGAGUGACACUGCCACGGGCGACGACUCCCUGAAGCUGAAAGCUUUGAUUGAGUAUAAGAUGCUUAGCCUGUUGCCCAAACAGAAGCUUCUCCGCAAGCAAAUGCAACACGAAAUGUUUCACUUCGAUAAUCUGGGUAUGACGGCAAACCGCUCUAGCCAUCGCCGGAUGAAGAAGCAGAACUUGCGCGAAGCUCGCAUUACGGAGAAGUUGGAAAAGCAACAACGCGAUGCGCGCGAAACCAGAGAGAAGCGUAAACAGUACGAUCAUCUCCAGGCCAUCCUUAACCACGGCGCGGAACUGCAAAAUGCUGCCGCUCAGCAGCGCACCCGUGCGCAGAAACUGGGUCGGAUGAUGCUUCAACACCAUCAACAUAUGGAGCGUGAAGAGCAGAGACGUGUCGAGCGUACUGCCAAGCAACGUCUCCAGGCCUUAAAGGCUAACGAUGAGGAGACUUACUUGAAACUGCUCGGGCAAGCCAAGGAUUCUCGUAUCUCUCACCUGUUGAAACAGACCGACAACUUCCUCAAACAGCUUGCUGCCUCCGUGCGGGAGCAGCAGCGCAGCCUUGCUGAGCGUUAUGGUGAAGAAGAUCAGUUCUUCGAGGAGGAGGAAGAGGAGGAAGAAAUCGCUUCUGGAAGUGAAGACGAAGGCGAUGGCAGAAAGAAAAUCGACUACUAUGCUGUUGCUCAUCGUAUCAAGGAAGAAGUCACUGUCCAGCCAAGCAUCCUUGUUGGCGGUACUCUGAAAGAGUAUCAGAUGAAGGGUCUGCAGUGGAUGAUUUCACUUUACAACAACAACCUCAAUGGUAUCCUGGCAGAUGAGAUGGGUCUUGGAAAAACCAUUCAGACCAUCAGCUUGAUCACCUACAUUAUUGAGAGAAAGAAGAACAACGGACCUUUCCUCGUCAUUGUUCCUCUAAGUACCCUCACCAACUGGAACCUGGAAUUCGAGAAAUGGGCACCUUCAGUUUCGAGGGUUGUCUAUAAGGGCCCCCCCAAUGCGCGCAAACAGCAGCAACAACAGAUCCGAUGGGGCAAUUUCCAGGUCCUUCUGACCACCUACGAAUACAUCAUCAAGGAUCGCCCAAUCCUGAGCAAGAUCAAGUGGACCCAUAUGAUUGUCGAUGAAGGUCAUCGUAUGAAGAAUACGCAGUCUAAGUUGAGCAGUACUUUGUCGCAGUACUAUACCAGCCGUUACCGUCUGAUUCUGACCGGUACUCCCCUGCAAAACAAUCUCCCAGAAUUGUGGGCUCUGCUCAACUUCGUUUUGCCGAACAUCUUCAAAUCCGUGAAAUCUUUUGACGAGUGGUUCAACACACCGUUCGCUAACACGGGUGGACAAGAUCGCAUGGAACUCAGCGAAGAAGAACAGUUGCUCGUCAUUCGUCGUUUGCACAAGGUUCUCCGACCUUUCCUGCUCCGACGUCUGAAGAAGGAUGUCGAGAAGGAUCUGCCCGACAAACAAGAAAGAGUCAUCAAGUGUCGGUUCUCUGCUCUGCAAGCUAAGCUUUAUAGGCAGCUUGUCACUCACAACAAAAUGGCCGUCAGUGAUGGCAAGGGUGGCAAGACCGGCAUGCGUGGUCUCAGUAACAUGUUGAUGCAGCUGAGAAAACUUUGUAACCAUCCAUUUGUUUUCGAGCCUGUUGAAGAUCAAAUGAACCCUGGACGCGGGACCAACGAUCUACUCUGGCGUACGGCCGGUAAAUUCGAACUUCUGGACAGAAUCUUGCCCAAGUUCCGUGCCACUGGCCACCGUGUCUUGAUGUUUUUCCAGAUGACUCAGAUCAUGAACAUUAUGGAGGAUUUCUUGCGCCUUCGUGGCCUGAAAUAUCUCCGUCUCGAUGGUUCUACCAAGUCCGAUGAUCGGUCGGAUCUUUUGAAGAAGUUCAACGCCGAAGGCUCCGAGUACUUCUGCUUCUUGUUGUCAACACGUGCGGGUGGUCUUGGUCUUAAUCUUCAGACCGCUGACACCGUUAUUAUCUUCGAUUCCGAUUGGAAUCCCCAUCAGGAUCUGCAGGCGCAAGAUCGAGCUCAUCGUAUUGGUCAAAAGAACGAAGUUCGUAUCUUGCGUCUCAUCAGCUCCAACUCGGUUGAAGAGAAAAUUUUAGAACGUGCACAGUUCAAGCUUGAUAUGGACGGCAAAGUCAUUCAAGCAGGAAAAUUCGAUAACAAGUCAACCAACGAAGAACGUGACGCACUCUUGCGGACACUGCUGGAGACGGCAGAGGCCGCUGAUCAAAUUGGCGAUCAGGAGGAGAUGGAUGACGACGACCUCAACGAUAUUAUGGCACGAUCGGACGACGAACUGAUCACGUUCCAGCGUAUCGACAAGGAGCGGCAAAAGAAUACUCCAUACGGUCCUGGCCACAAAUAUCCUCGCCUCAUGUGCGAAGAAGAACUGCCAGAUAUCUAUCUCACUGAAGAAAAUCCGGUCACAGAAGAAGUUGAGGUUGACUUGGGUGGUCGUGGUGCACGUGAACGCAAGGUGACCCGCUACGACGAUGGUCUCACGGAAGAACAAUGGCUCAUGGCUGUGGAUGCCGAUGACGAUACCAUCGAAGAUGCGAUCGCCAGAAAGGAAGCCAGAGUUGAGCGCCGUCGUAUCAACAAGGAGAAGCGCAGCCGGAAGGCAGGUGUUGAAUCUUCACCGGAACCGUCGCGGGAGAGCUCGGAAGCCCCUCAACCAAAGAAACGUCGCCGCGGACCUGCUCCCAAGCGCAAGGCAGAGGAGGUUGUGGAAGAAACGCCUCAGCCCAAGCGGAAGAGAGGAAGACAAGCCAAACCCAUCGAAACUCUGAGCAGCGAGGAUCGCGCAAUCCUGCAGCGCAUCGUUAACAAUGUCUAUCAGUCAUUGAUGGACAUGGAGCAGGAGUUGCCAGCAGAUUCUUCGGACAGUGAGGACGGGCCCGUGACCCGGUCUAUCAUCGAACCUUUCAUGAAGCCGCCUCCCAAGUCGCAGUAUCCUGACUACUACAUGAUCAUUCACAACCCAAUCGCUAUGGAGAUGAUCAAAAAGAAGAUCAACCGUGAAGAGUACCAGAACCUGAAGGACUUCCGUAAUGACAUCCACCUUCUGUGUCAGAACGCUCGAACCUACAAUGAGGACGGCAGCAUCCUAUUCCAGGAUGCCAACGACAUCGAGGCCAAAUGUCUAUCCGAACUGAAGAAGGAAACCGAAGCUCAUCCCCAGUUCGCCGAUUAUGACGACCUAGGUGGCAAUGAUCAACCCGCUGCGGCUUCUGGCACCGACACGCCCGGUCCUGUUGCAACGCCCAAACUGAAGCUGACCUUCAACAGUGGCAACCGGGACAGCAUGGGACCGACUGGCGGCAGUGGUGUGAACGAGGAUGAAUGAACCGCUAAUAGACGCUUUGCAGAUAUAGUGGGCUGAUUUCCGAUAUGUUUUAACGUGUUGCAAAACCUUUGCUUAAUUGCACAUUACCUUCUAUACUGUUUUGAUUCUCCUCUUUAUUUUCACCCUUCUGUGUUUCUUGACAUGCCCUCUU